CGCGGUGGCGGCGGCCCCGGGGGAGCGGGCGCCGCGCGCGCUCCCAUUGGCCGCCCCGCCGUCAGCUGCUCCUAUUUUCUGCUGUCGCUUUUGGCGCUCGGCCAUCCAGAAACAAACCACUUCGAUGACUCCUAAUAGUUAUCGCCAGAUGUACUAAUACACAACAAAUCACGGUCCGGGAGAGGGGGAGAGCAAAUGAGUUCCUAUUUCGUGAAUCCCACUUUCCCGGGGAGCCUGCCCGGGGGCCAGGACUCCUUCCUCGGGCAGAUCCCCCUUUACCCGGCGGGCUAUGAUGCUCUCAGGCAUUUUCCGGCUUCGUACGGGGCAAGCAGCCUGCAGGACAAGACUUACACCUCACCUUGUUUCUACCAACAGUCCAACACCGUCAUUGCUUGCAAUCGGGCUUCCUAUGAGUACGGAGCCUCUUGUUUUUAUUCGGACAAGGAAAUUAGUAGCGCCUCUCCCUCCGGCAGCGGCAAACAGAGGGGGCCCGGGGACUACCUGCACUUUUCUCCCGAUCAACAGUACAAAUCCAGCGGCGUGCAAGCCAAAAUUGUAAAUGACGAAGGCACCGACCGGAAGUACACGAGCCCUGUUUACCCCUGGAUGCAGCGGAUGAACUCCUGCGCUGGUACAGUAUAUGGAACUCAUGGGAGACGAGGGAGGCAAACUUACACCAGAUACCAAACGCUAGAGUUAGAGAAGGAAUUUCAUUUUAACAGAUACUUAACCCGAAGACGACGUAUUGAGAUUGCAAACGCUCUCUGCCUUACUGAACGCCAGAUUAAAAUAUGGUUUCAAAACAGGCGGAUGAAAUGGAAAAAGGAAAACAAAUUCAUAAAUUCCACACAGCCCAGCAGCGAAGAAACAGAGGAAAAGUCAGGGGAGUAGAACCACGUUUAAUAAACGCUACCAGGCCUUUCCUUAGCGCUUA